CCCUUCCCUUCCAGUCGUGAGAAGGCUCUCAGCCCGGCCCUUCACCUGCUUGGACCCCACCACAGACGGCGCUCACUUACUCCGGCAUUUCGUGCGUUUUACCCUGAAACGAUUUCCCCAUCUCCUAAUCCGCCGAGUCCUUACGAAAGAGUGUUGACACGAAACAUUAACUCUGUUUUCAUUCACUCGCUGACUGGAUAACCUUGCUUUAAAUUUCGACUGGGUGCCGCCAUGGUUUUCGCCUGUGAGAGACACACCCUCCCCCACCCUCCCUGAACUUCACCACUGCCUCUUUUGCCUACUCAGUCUUCAACUCAAAAUAGUAAUUUCUCCCGCAGUUGUGGCCUGACUUGCUGGGUAUUGCCUACAUUUUCAGUUUAUAUGCUAACGCUGUGUUUUUCUAAACGAUCCCCUGACUAGCUGACGAAUCCGGAGAUUUCCGUUUCCAUUUCGAGCCCUGCCUUCGGAGUGUAGCCAGCGGCACCAGAGAGUUACUGACAGACAGCAGCUUUCAGAAACGGGAAGUGGGAGCUCUGUUAGCCCUUGUGUUCACGAGACAAGCCUUUUCACUUCAAUACUGGUUUUCAGAUCACACACGCCUGCUUUGAUCUUGUGUGGACCAGAACGGAAAGAUGACCAUUUCCAACCCAUGGUACAGAUUGGCUUCUCUGAUCACUGCCUACUUAGUGUCAUCGGUGACCUCUGACAUUUCCUGCUAUGAUGACGAUGGACAGCCAGUUGAUUGGUUUAUACUGUACAAGUUGCCGAAAUCCGUUGAAGGCCAUGGCUUACUCUACCUGUACAUGGACCAAGGGACUUCUGGCUGGAGAGCUGGGAAAUACCCAAUAAAUGACACACAUGGAGCAGUGGGGGCAACUUUGCAGCAACUCUAUGAAAGCUCUGCAGCUCAGCGUGAUGACGUGGCGUAUGUGCUCUACAACGACCAGAGCGGUGACUACUCGAGUUCAAGUGGAGGCCACACUAAAGGGGUUGUACUUUUGGAUCAGAAACAAGGCUUCUGGUUAGUUCACAGUACUCCACACUUUCCACCGAGAUCUGAUGAAAGCUACAAGUGGCCUCACAGCGGGUGGACUAAUGGUCAAUCCUUCCUCUGUGUCACGUACCCCUAUUCUCAGUUCCAGGAAGUUGGCACUCAGUUGCUAUACAACAACCCUCACGUCUAUGAUCACAUGGUACCAGCCUCCUUUGCUGAAGAUCUACCAGACCUGCAGAGUGCAGCAAGUGGCAAGCACAAGAAAAACCCUCCCUGGAAGCGAAAGAUUGUCCUUUCAUCAGCAGCGGGGAAACAAUUCAUCAGCUUUGCAAAGUACAAGUACUUCGGAGCAGAUUUGUAUUCUGGCUGGGUGGCCAGUGACCUCCAGAGUGACCUGCUGGCCCAGACGUGGCUGAAUUCUCGGCAUGCACUUGCCUCCAACUGCAUGGCGGAGUACGCGGUGUACAACGUGGAGAGAAUUAAAUUCCCCUCCGGCAUCAAUUUUUCCACCCAUGUGGAUCACUCGAAGUGGUGUGUGACAACACCAGAAGGAGGUAGAAAGUGGACCUGCAUUGGGGACAUCAACCGAGACCAGGCCCAGGAGGAAAGGGGAGGUGGAACCGUCUGCAACGAUGAUCCAGUUGUCUGGGAUGCCUUCUCGAACCUUGUCACAGCCUGCCAGUUCUGCGAGUGUACGUGCAGUGGGAAGGUCAAAACCAGGGAUUGAAUGGUAGUGUGUGGGUCAACGUUCAACCAUCAGCAACCCCCUUUCUGCUUUUGUGUCAGUGUGUAACAAGCUGUGAGGACUUUAGCUCCCACAGAGACAACCCUGACCCCUGCCAGCAUAUUGGGAUCCUGAUCUGCAAAAGCUUCAGAUCAGAUCCAGUCUUAACCAGAAUGGACGGCAAGAACAAGAUUUUCACUCAGAUCUCAAGGGAGUUACUGAGGUCCUCAGCGAGGUGGAGAUGGAGUCUGCCACAGUGUCGUGGUCAAUACUUUAUCUCCAAUAACACCACCAAAACUAGAUUAGGUACUCAUAAUCACAUUACAGAUUUUGGGAGCUUGCUGUGAGCUGAUUGUUUGGUGUGUCUUACACUGCAACCAUCUACAGUGGUACAGAUUUGGUACAGAUUUCUGUACCCAUUGGUACAGAUUUCCCUGAUGUAAAAGAAUGUGAAGUGUAAGUCUUUCCUUUUCACUACCUUUCAAUUCCCACUGAUGGGUCCUACCUCUCUGGUCCAAACAAAAUUGGGCUUCAGUUCAGAUGUAAAGACUGUGUGAAAAAGAUCGCAGAGCUCCACGUCACUGCUGAAUUCUUGCUCGUCGUAUUUGUUUUCUCCAGGGACCGCGUGGGUAGAGAUGUCCCGAAGCAUAACGAUGUGAAGACCAGAGGCCUUGAAUUUCAGUCCAUGUCUUCGAACCCUGAAGCCCCUUUCCCAAGGAGCAGGUUUAAACUGUCAAACUGUUCACAGGCAGCAUAUUUAGUUCUGAGUUCACCUUUCAAUCAAGUAUUUGCAUUUCGUCUACAAUCUCCUCAUUCUGCUCCUGCCUCAACUCACCUUUGUUGCAGCUUCCCUACCCUUUGCAUUUCUGCUAGACCGGACCGUUCCAAUAUACUCCUGGCUAUUUGUCCUUGUUCUGCUCUCCAUGAACUUUGAGUCCAGCCAGAAAACUGGCACCAGUGUCCUAACUAGCACUAAGUUCUCUUCAUCAGUCUCCUUCGUGCUUGUUCACCUGCACUGGCUAACUGUUAAACUUCACCCUAAUUUUAACUAUUCUUCCUUUAAAUGCAUGGUUUCAUUCUUCUUUGCUGAGCCUACAAGCCCUGAGUUCCUCAGUUCUAUUCCCCUUCUCAUUUCUGAAUCGGACUGAUCCAACAGCACUUGCUUAGACCGGAAGUCUGGAAUUCUUCUCUCUGAACCCGUCUUUAAGACAAUCCUUAGAAUCCACUUCUUCAUCUAAACUUCUGAUCACCUGCUCUCAGAAUUCAUGAAAUGUUUUGUUUGAUCAUCUUCUGUGAAAGGCCAUGGGUAGUUCUCCCAAUGGUAACGGUGUUAUUUGUUAAUUAUGUGCCAUGUCGUGUGACAUAGGCGAUCAUUGUCUUUCCGCGACCAGGAUUCUUCUUGGCAAAUUUUUCUGUGGUUUGCCAUUGCGGUUUUCUGGGAAGUGUCUUUACAUGACUGGUGACCCCAGCAAUUAUCAAUACUCUUCAGAGAUUGUCUGCCUGACGUCAGUGGUCGCAUAACCAGGACUUGCAAUAUGAGGCGGGGGAGGCUAUGCAGGUACUACACCUUGCCCACAGGUGAUCUGCAGGCUAGCAGAGGGAAGGAGCACUUUACACCUCCUUUGGUAGGGCUGCAUCUCCACCCUGCCACCCAAAAGGUAUUAUACCAGUGUUGUUUAUGCUUCGUUGCUCUGCUGCCUGCAUCAGUAAAGCCAUCAGAACAUUAAAGUGAGUUGUAACAAGUUAACAAGGAAAGGCCAGCACUUUCCUACAACAAAAACUGUGCAGCAAGCUAACACCGACUGUAACUCGCCCCCUUGCCCCCUUCUCUUGUAGCGUAACUCACCCUUUGCUGCGUUGGUCGGUAGCUCCCAAUUAAACUGUUCACUGUAGCAGGUCUUCGUUUCCAGUGGGGCUGUUGGAAGUUUUCACACCCUGUACUGCUGCUAUAGAUUGCUGCCCUUGGUGUUCCUGACUACAGUCUUUGUAGCUUUGAAUAUCCUUGUCUGAGUUAUCACUAAAUUAUAACUAUGUAACCAUGUAACACAAUAAAUUCUUGUCUUUUAACCCAAGACUUGCCUUGUUAAAUGAU